AUGUGGAUCCAUCUGAAGUUGGGAAGCAGACUGGGAGUUUCGGAGAAGCGUUUGCUAAUCAUGAAGAACAAUUCAUUUCAGCAACAGAUGGAAGGGAAAGGAUUUGAUGGAAAACGUGGAGAGAUUGGAAUUGAUUCUCGAGUUGAGAGCAUAAAUUAUUGGUUACAAAAUGGGGCAACUGAUGCUAGCAUUGGGGUGUUCGCCGGGAUUGGUGGAAUAGGGAAGACAACCAUUGCCAAAACUGUCUAUAACUCAAAUUUUGACAAGUUUGAAUGCAUUAGCUUUCUUUAUGAUAUUAGAGAGACUUCUAAACAGCCCAAUGGUUUGGUACAUUUACAAGAACAACUACUUUCAGAUAUUUCGAGGUGUGGAAAACUAAAAAUUGGCAGUGUUGAUGAAGGAAUGAUUAAGAUUAAAAAUGCAGUAAGUUACAGAAGGGUUCUCGUUGUUCUUGACAAUGUGGAUCAACUGGAUCACUUGAAUGCAGUACUUGGAAUGCGAGACUGCUUUUGUCCAGGAAGUAAGGUUAUUAUAACAAAGCGUUAUGAGAAACUGCUGAAACCAUAUAAAGUUGACCAGACCUUUAAGGUUAAAGAAAUUGAUUAUAAUGAGUCACUGCGGCUCUUCAGUUGGCAUGCCUUUAGACAAGCACAUCCUAUUGAAGGUUUCAUGGAGUACUCAAAAAGUGUACUCCGACAGUGCAAAGGACUCCCUCAUGCUCUUAAACUGUUGGGUUCUUCUCUCCGUGAUAGAAGUGCAGAGGAAUAAGAGACUUCAUUGGAAGAAAUGGAAUCAUUCACUGGAAAUCAGAUCCUAUAAACACUGGCAAUUAGCUUUAUGUCCUUACAAGAUGAUCA